AUGGCACUUUUGGGCAACAAAUUCAAUGACCGUCACUUGUCACUUGGCCUCCAUGAACAAAUUUACAUCGAUAAACCUGCAAUUCAAGAAAUAAAGGAUGAAAUUAUUCGGCGCAAUAACAGCAUAGUUAAUCAAUUAUGCCUCAAUGUCAUGGAAAAUUCGGUACAUCGGAUUGAGAUGGAACUCUCUGAGGAAGAAAAAAAUGAAGCUAAAUUACACUUUUUCCAGCAGGCUGGAAUUCCUGGUAUUAUUGGCGUAGUCGAUGGGACCCAUAUCAAAAUUUUGGCACCGAAAAAAGCAGAUCAACAUAUGUACUACAACAGAAAAGGAUAUUUUAGUCUUAACGUUAUGCUAGUUUGUGAUUAUCGGAUGCGCAUAAGAUACGCAGAUGCAAGACAUGCUGGAGCAAGUCAUGACUCACUGGUUUGGAACUCAAGUGAGCUAAGGGGUACUUUGCAAAGGAAAUAUGACGGGGGAGAAAGAAGUACAUGGCUACUGGGUGAUGCGGGGUACCCUCUGGAGCCAUUCCUCAUUACUCCUUUUAGAUCACCAGAAGUAAGUAGCAGGCAAAGUCUUUUCAACACCAAACACUCAAAAACGAGAAAUAUCAUCGAAAGAUCGAUAGGAGUGUUGAAAAAUCGAUUCCGCUGUCUCCUCGCUGCAAGACAAUUACACUAUUCUCCGCAAAAAGCAACGCAGAUACAAAUCGGAGCUUCCUAG